AUGGUCAAAAGGUCAUCAAGUCAAGUACCACAAGAAUCGAAGCGCCAAAAGAAUGUUGAUUUAUUUUAUCAAGAUGACGAAGACUUAGAGGAUGAAGAUGAGUCCUUCAUGGAUGAAGACGAGUGGGAAGAUGUCCCUUUAGAUGGUGUGCACAUAUCCGUCCCCAAACCAGAAAGACAAGAAACCACCAAAAUCAAAAGGAAGAGUCCACCACAGUAUCAGAGACUUAAAUAUGGUCUUCAUAUUGCUUGCAUUCCAUUCAUGUUGAAACUGCUCAAAGAAAGAUCCAUGUGGGUCCAGGAUGAAAGGCUCAAUAGAAGGCUUCGACGUAGUGUCCCCAAAACGAUUGUUCAGAGAUAUGAGAAAUGGACGGAGGAAAAAGAUUUCGAGAAAUUAGGAACGCUUCUCCUAGGACUAGUAUUUUGGUUUAGAUCACACUAUCAGAUUAAUUCCAAUGGAUUCCGCCAGAACUUCAAUCGUUUACAAUAUUUGCUUAAGUAUUGUGAUGACGAGAAGAAAUCUCAGUUGUAUGCCGACGUACUGAACCAUCAGGAUUGGUUUUAUGGCCAAAGGCCAAUUUGUGAGGGAGGUCUUGAGGAUAUUCGAUUGAUGGCAAAGAAUAAGAAAUCUAACAGAGACAUCUUGGUGGUAUUCUUUUGCAUAAUUAUUAAAAACCUGUUACCAAAGGAUACCAGAAUCAGUUUAUGCUUUGCGCUGCCUCUACAUGACUACGAAGUUUCAUGCAAUAAUGUCAAGUGGCAAAUGAAGAAUGGAGUCGGGCGGGUCCCUGAUAGGUUUGAUACUGACUUGUUGCUGCCUUAUUUCUGGUUAGAACUUAGGUUCCCAGAAAGAAGCCAUGAGUUUUACGUUAUUGAUCCAGUGGUACAUCCGAAGCAGAAAGAGAUUGUAACAAGACAUAAUGAAGACGAGCCAGUGACCCACUUCCAACCGUACAUGGACGUUAAGGUAAAUUAUAAGCAAAGGUUUCACUAUGUUGUGAGUGUGGAGUGUAAUAGCGGUGUCAUGCAGGAUGUUUCACCCAGAUACCUGCCCAAUUUAUGGUAUCGAUAUUUUAAACCGCGACCAUCGACAAUUAUCUCUAAGUCUUUGCAUAGAAAGAGUUAUGAUGUGUUUAUGAAGUUUUUAAGACGCUAUCCGAUAAGGAAUUCGAGUUCAAUGGAGCUAAUAGCUACCAAACACUAUUUCAUCCCAACGACAUUAGUAGAAUUGAAGAGAUCACCUUGCUUCGUCAUCCCAUCGUUGCUCAAGAGAAACGAAACGUUGAGAUUUGAGUGCAGUAGAGUUGCAACAUUUAGAAAGGAACCGGUUUUUCUGAGAUGCGAUGUCAUACUAUUAAAGAGUCGACAACAUUGGGCUCAGCUGGGUAGAUCAGUCAAAUCAGAUGCAAAACCACUGAAAUACAAAAAAUAUGUUUCCUUGAAGAGAAAACGACAACGCUCAUUAGACCCUUAUGAAGUAAGAGAAUUAUUUUCCAUUGAACAAACAGUGCCAACCCCGAAACUACCCAGUACCUACAGAGACCAAAAUGGCCAAGAGCGUGCAAUAACGGAUGUGGACUUUUAUCGGAAUGAAUUUAACCAUGUGGAAAUUUACAGUCCCACUACUAUACCAGAUGGUUUUCACCUUCUACCUAUAAAAACCAAAUCUUGCAUCAAGCAUCUGAACAAAAAGUGUCAACGCCUUGGUCAAUCCAAAAUUAAGUAUGUGGAAGUCGUAAGUGGGUUUGAUUUUCGACAAAAACCAGGCUAUGCAAUGCCCAAGAUUCAGGAUCUGAUGGUAUCUUCUCAUGACUACUAUCGAACAACAAGUUUUCUCAAAAUAUGGGAUCAACUAACCGGACUCAGCCAUUGGAAAGAAUUUUUAACCAACCUCCAGAUACAUAGGCGGCUAGACGACGUGUAUGGUAGACUGGAAGAGUCCUUGUAG